ACACAGCGGCAAAGAUUAUUUUUUUAUCAUAGAAUUUGCCUUUCACCUGAUUGGUUUCGGUUUGCUUUGGAGAAACUUCGCUCGUAAAGAAAUAAAUUAGAUCGACACAGCGUCUUGUAGCGAACAGUGGUGAAGAGGAGGCUACACUAGCACCAUGUUUCUCCUUGGAAGUCCACACCUUGCGCUCCUGUUGGUAGCCGUGCUGGCUUCGCUGGCAACAGCUCAAAAGUACCCAGAGCAGUACCAAGUGCAUGACAAUGGCGACUCGAAAUCAGCAGCAGGAGCUCCGUCAGGUGACUCCGAUUACAGCAAAUAUUUUGCCUCAGAGACUUCGCCUGGGGGUCAGACUUCUGGCGCCACGCCUGCUGAUGAAUCUGGCUUUGUUCGCCCAUUAGACUUUUCAGCUCUCUUCGGAGUUACCAAUGCUGGGUUUGGUGGCGCGUCUGCGGGUUCAUCUAAAAUAUUCCGUCCUGCAAACUCAGAUUUAAACGCUUUCAAUUUGCCACUCUCGAACUCAGCAAGCGUUUUCCCUGCAGAAUUAGAAGGCAGUGCUACUACAAAGAACAGUGACAGUGGAUUCACUAGCCCAAAUGUGAAGUUCCAGUCCCUCUUUGAUGCUUCUGGUUCCGCGUCAGAGGUUGGUUUCCGUCCGCAAGAUUUCCUUAAGCCCGCAGAAGGCGAAAAGUCAUCAGAGGAAAGCUCUCAAGUGGCCCUUUCAGACUUCUACUCGCCGUCUUUUGCGAAGUUGGACGCCGAAUACAGUCCUCGCCCAGGGCCUCACUAUUCUCACCACGCUGUGCCCGCAGCUGCUGAACAGGUUCCUAGUAAACCAAAGUACCGUGUUCCAGCUGGAUCAGAAGGUGAAGACAGACCCGCGUAUCCCGCUGCAUCGUCGAAGGAUACUUACGACGAGAAGCAAAGUUACAAGGCAUCCCCCACGGAGGAUUACACUUUUAACCCCACUUACAAACCUAAAAAGUCAGAAUACGAAGACGGAAAGUCUAGCUAUGCCACGUCUCCAGAGAAGUAUUCUUAUAGACCUGUUUACAGUUCUCCGACCCCAGAUCGUACGUCUUCCAGCGAGGCCGUGAAGUCCACUUACCGUCCUUCAGAAUAUUACGGUGGUAAGACGAGUUAUCGUUCCUCUCCUUCGGAACCUCAAAAGAGAACCAAGCCGAUCUAUUCGUCGUCGGCGCCCGUCGACAUUUAUGGAAACCCUACUUCCUACCUCCCAGCAUCUACAGAGCAACGUGAGGAAAAGCCACGCUAUUCAUCCGAGGCAGAUUCGGGGGUUAUCUACGGCAAAGGUCUGGCACCCCCUUUCAAGACACUGCCGUCAGAACCACACCAGGGCAAGUCCAGUUAUCCUGCGCCGUACCCCACAGAUAUAUACAACGAUAAAUAUUUAGCAAAGCCGUCCCCAUCAGCUCAGUCAAAAAUUUAUAGCAGCACAACGAAGCCAAGUGUUUCGGCAACAGAAGGGAGCCCGAGUAACCAGGAAGAGUCUUACGAAGAGGAAUCCGGACCCCCAGAGUACGCUCCUUCAGGUACAGCCACUGACAAGAAAAAGUGUAAAAAGAUAGAGAAGAGACUCACUGCUGAUGACGUCGCGAAAGGAAGAUUCCGUCGCGAUGCUAUGACCUGCUACGAAUGUGAAGAUCCAAAGACGGGAGGUACCUUCGAGCAGUGUUCUUACACGUCAGAUCCGAACUCGAAGUCGUACUUUGUCGGACACGCUCAGAAAUACAGCACGAACUCUGGUAGCAAACCAACAACCUACCGCUAUCGCAGGUACCUCAGAAAUGAUCCAUUUGGGCUGGACGAUAAACAGGAGGAAUUAGUUACAGCGGAAUCUCAUUCUAGGGUCGCUCGCCAAGAUUACGGAUAUGAAUUCGCCGCCUCUGAUAACGGUGAUAAAGGUGAUUAUCGCUUUGGGCCAGAAUACUUCACGAGCAGCAGUGAUGAUUACACUGAAUACAAACCAUCAGGAACAUCAAUAGACGAGAAAAAUUGUAAGAAAACAACUAAGGAUACUAUGACUUGUAUGGUAUGCAAAGAUCCCAAGACUGGUGGCUCGUAUGAGCAGUGUUCUUACAGCGCGAAACCUAAGGAAAACAACUAUUUUGUGGCUCAUGAAACGUCCUUCAACUCAAAAAACAAGAAACCGUACACCGAGAAACGCACUGAGUACGAAGGCGAGCCUCAUUCUCGGCACAUCCGACAAGAACCACCACAGGGGAUUAAGAGGGAGAAAUCGAAAAAGAUUGCAGGAAAGAGGAAAGUUAAUGACAAGUACGACAUCCCUUAUGAAUAUUCCGCCAGCACAUUAGCUAGACGUGAGGCUAAGGACGAAAAGGGUUCUGGAGUAGGCCUGGAUCCAUUCUUGUACGGUGAACCCGAGCCUUAUAAACCAGAAACCGCAGAGAAGAUCGCAGAACAAACGGAGCAGCACGAGUCUUAUUUUCCAGGCGGUAAGUCUUACGACGAAUACUUCCGACAUCUCUUCCCCGAAUUACACGACGGUGGAAAGCAAAGCGCUAGCAGUGACUCCGAGACCUACGAGUACCCUUCUUCAGCCAACACGAACGAGAAAAGUGCGUCACCUGGGUACGAAUACAAGUCUACUCUCCCGGAAUACUUCACCGACAACGAGCAGAAAAAGGAUCUCGAGAAAGUUCUAGGAGAAUUCACCCAGAAAGACCGAUCUGCAUGCAAGAAAGUGCUCAAGGAUAAGAUGACUUGUUAUCAAUGCGUCGAUAGCAAGGGGAUGCAGCACGAGGAAUGUAUGUUCGUGGCGGCGUCUGAGCCCAAGAGUUCUCAUCUGGCCUAUCACGAAGUUAAAGAAUACAGGUUAGUUCCUCCACAGGGUUUGUCUGACGGCAAAGGAUCUGCCUCGUCGUCUCUACCAGUGGCUUCUGACUCCGUAUCCUCUUCGUCGACUGACAUUACCAAGACUAGUGACAAAUCUUCAACUUCUAAAGACAAAACCACAGAAACUGUUGCGACAACUAUAACCCCAAAACCCAAACGGAAAACUUUCUUUAAGAAGGUGUCUUCAACUUCUACUGCGUCAACUCCAGUCGCAGACAACAAGUAUGGGGAAACUUCUAAAGUUGAGAAUCUCAAAACGAUGCAGAAAUCUCCCGCAGUAGCCGUCAAAUUGACGCGCAGAUCUUCCAAAACGUCGGUCCAAACAACUACCACGACUCUUACAACACCCGACCCACCUCCAAGAAAACGAAACAUAUCCAAAAAAGACGUAAAUUCUGAUUUAUUACCAGCAGCUAGUGAGAAUAGUGAAAAGAAGGUCCCGAAGGCCAAUGUCGUUCCUCCAGAGCCAGAACUGUCAGCCUCUGACCUAAGUCCUGAUGGAUAUUACAGCGCGGAGACCAAGACAAGAUUUGACCCAGUACUAAAAGUCACUCUGCCGGAGUACAUGUUGACGCGUUCCGAACACGAAGCCAUCUUUGACGAGGUGAUGGCGUCUGGACGCAGACGCUGAGACAGCACAGACGCAGACUGCGACAGUACCAACAUCCUACCACGAGGUCUGAGCUACACAGAUUUCUGAGCGGUCUUGCAUCCACAUCACAUCACCGAUUAACACGAAGCAUCUCAUUACUUUGAGUCACGAGGUUUUGGUGAUUGAUGGGACAAAUAAAGAAUCUUAUAUCACAAUACAUACAGAAAGUGUUAUUAACCGACCAGACCCUGCUGUGUAGCAAGACAGAUUUGUCGUCAACUUUUCAUUUUUAUAUUUCUUUUAAUUCUGUAAAAGAAAUAGCAAAGAUCAUACUAUAGCUAUCUCCUGGAAGGUCUAUCGUUUUAAAAAAUAAAACAACCAAGAGAUAUAAUUAUAACCGUUGAAGAUCACAGCUCAACUGAAAUUUUUUAAAAAGCAGAGUAAAUUAUUUUAUAGAGUGUUUAAAAACUUCCACUGUUUCGUAUUCAGCCAUUACUUGGUUAGAACACAAUAUUUUAUAAGUGUAUGUUACAAGGCAGUGUUUAAAAUCACACGUUUAGUAUGAACAGUAGGCUACAUAAGCAUUCUACGUAAUUUAAGACGAAAUAUGAAAUAAUCUUUUCUAUACUCUGCCACGUAUUUUAUACGAAACCAAGCAACAAAUCCACUAAAUAUUUAUGUAUAUUAAAGGACCUUGGUCGCCUCAUGUAAGAAAUGUUUCUUAAGCUAUUUAGACAUCUGGUAGGACUGUUGGACGAGUAAUCAGCCCCUCGCAAGGCCUUUACCUAUACAGGACUACACACAACACAUAAAGACGCCGACAAACACCCAUACCUUGAGCGGUAUUCGAACCCAGAUCCCAGUGACCACGCGAGUAGUAUCACCGACGUUUUAAAAUUAUUCCAUUAAGAAUUUAGAGGAGUCUCUAAUUAACUUGUAUUGUUAAUCACCACGUGUAAUUCUACUUUGAUCAUAAUUUCAUUAGGUCGCAUAUUUAGAUAUGCUUCGUGUCAUGGAAUAUAUAAACUGUUUGUUCUGGUACUAAAAUGACGUCGUUAAUUUCUGAGGCUUUUGUACUGCACAUUAUGAAGUCGAAGCUUGGCCCACUUUUCGCAUUCUAUAGAAUGCCCAGAAAUCAUUAUGUCUGAGUAAAAUAUAUGAUAGUAUAAGAUCUUUAUAUUUCAUAUUAUGCCCAAAAUGGACAGGCAUUUUAUAGAACGUCUAAGUAAAUGUACAGAGUUUCUGCUUAUCUACUACGCCCAUUAAUGUAAAUUGAGCUAUAUAUUGAUUUCGCUGUUUUACAAUAAACAGCUGUGCUGUUGAUUUACUACUGAAAAUACGCUGUAUUUUGGACAACACAUAGCAUUACUUUCUUGCUUGAUUUAACGUUGACGUAAUCAAUGACUUGUCAACAUUUAUAGCAGUUUUCUUCUUAAUAAACUGAUCAUUGUACACUAACCUCUAAUUUAAGAAUUACGUCUUUUUUUUCUGAAACUUUCUACGACGAGGUUCUUUACGUACAAUUCGUACCUGGACUUUCCACUUAACCUAGUUCUGUUAAUCACUCAGUGGGAACAUAAAUCCAAAGGAAAUAAAAGCCUUUCUAAUUCGCCUUUUACACAAAUGUGCUCCAGUGUCGGAAUAAUAUUCGUUUUAUUCUGGGUCGGAAGUUCAUCACAUUUAUUCAAAUCUUCCUCACAGAAAUCAUUAUACCCUGUCCAUGGCAUAAAGGUUAUGGACCUUCUAAAGUAAGCUUAAUUGUGUUACUCACUUUGUAGUUGGUGCAGAACUAAACAGAGAUUAUUCUGUUUCAUUAGUGGUAAUGUAUCAUUCAUAACACUCGCACCGACGUUUAAAACACCAGGAGAUAUCAUGACGUUAAUACUCGGCUCCUUUACACUGACGAUUUCUACUUUGUUCGAAUGAUAAUGAUAAGUCAUUAACCAUGUUAUAACGGUUUUAAUCAUGCUAAGGAAAAGGUACUUUGCCUCACAAUAUAUUUUCUAUUAUACCAAGUGAAGUGCAGGCUUUGUUAAAUGUUGUUGCUAUUUCAAGAUCUGUUAAUAAAAUUUGUUCAAAUAUCCUGUAA